AUGGCAGAUGACCGACAGCCAGAAGACGGUGCCGCUCAGUGGGACGCUUCGGGGGCACAGCCGCCCGCUGGUACCCAUGGGGCCAAUGGUUUCUCAUCUUCCUCGUACAGGACAUGCCAGACUGGUGGAACACACGCGACCUCUCCCCCCUUUUCUGCAAGAGAAAACGGGUUCAAUGGGGAGUUAACUGGUGCUCAUGCUAUAACUGCAGAGCAAGUCUCUGCAAGAAUCGUGCAAGAAGUGACUGCCGAGGCAGUGGCGGUUCUAAAGGGGGAACAGGAGAGUCAAAGGCUGCCAUCAGUUGAAGACACCACCAAUUUACCUCCAUCGCCGCCUCCCUCACCUGCCGCAGAACAGUUUGGUCCUCUUGAGCAAGAUGUAGGGGAUGAGGAGGAGGCAGGCCCUCUCCGCCGCUUCCAAAAUUCACGGGAGAGGUGCAAGUUCCUCGCCCCCUCCAUCUCAGUUUCUGUGCCUGAGGACGACCCCUACCACUCCGACGAGGAGUACUAUGAGCACCCCUUGUUCAGCCCAGAGUGGACGCACUCGGGCGCCCGCCCCACGGGGCAGGCUGUGGCCUUUAGACAAAUUGAAGAAGAGACCAUGGAGGCUCUUACAGCUGAAUACGAGGAGGAGGUUGAAGAGGAUGAUGAUGUUGAGGAGGAGGAAGAGGAGGAGGAGAGUGCAGAGGCAGCUCUUGAUGAGCAACAAUGGAGUGGGGAAGAGUCUGACCUGGACAUCCCCGAAGCAGAACUUUUAGAGAAGGGAGAGAACGUAGACAAGGCCCAGGCUGAGGCAAGUAGUGCGCCUUCAGAAAGCUCUAUGGACAAAGAGGAAGUAGAGGGUGAGGAGAGCCCUGAGACAGCUGUGAAGAUGGACUCGGAGAAACCUGGAAGUGAGAAAAGUGGUUCCAUGAGUCCAGACAGCAUUGGGUCCGAGAAACGUCCAGAGGAAUUUUCGGAGCAUCAGACCCAAGGAUUCUUUGCCGGAGAACGAAUCGUACCAGAGAGCCCCACCGCGGAUUUGCCCAGUUUUGCGCAUUCGAAUGUUCACGUCCAAGCCAAAGAAUCUGCAAAGCCAAUCACUCUUCAGCCCCUUUAUGGUGAGCCACUCACAGUUUCAGAGAAGCAGCCAUCUGUGGAGGUAGUAGAGUUCAGCAGCCUCGGCUCCCCUUCUAAUUUCUCUUCAAUGGGAGUCAGUGUCGAAGGUGGAAACUUGACAGGUGAUGCAAUGUCAGCAUAUUUUGAAACAUCAGCCACUGAUCUGCAUGUGUCCCCUCAGGGUAAAGGUGAGGGUUAUUACGAACUAAGCAGAGUCAGUGAAGAAAUGAAUACAGCUGAUUCCAAGACUCAGAAACCUAGUUCGACAGUACAAGAGUGUAGUGAAAGGCAAAAUGUCGACACUCCAAAUUUUUCAGUUUCUGAAAGGAGUAAUGAUUGCAAGCUUUCUCCGGGUAAACUGGCCUUGGAGCAAAGGAGCUACUCACUAAAUAUUACCAUUGGAGCAAUGGCUCAAGGUGGCCAAGAGAAAAUGAGAAACUUUUCUCCAUUGGCCACUGAUAUCCUGACGUACACUAGUGGAAGUCUCGAUGAGUCAGCAGAUUACCUCCCAAUCACAACCCCCUCUGGAGAAAAGCCACCUCCCUUCCCUCCACUAAUCCUGGAGACAGCAGCUUCAAUCGCUUCUGAUUCAUCAUCUCCUCCAAGGACUGCUGAAGGCAUUUCAGACCCCAGCCCUGAACCAGAGUCCCCUAAGUCCCCCGUGUCACCCCAGCCAUGCGAGAGCAGCCCGAAGAAUGAACCAGUCAUGGCUCAGGACUUGCCUGAGAUGUUAGAUCUUGCGGAGUCCCGCUCGAGGUUGUCCUCUGAAAACACUGACCCAGAGAUUGUGAGGAGAAAGUCAUUUCAGGGCUUCCCUGAUGACAUGCUGUCUAGCUUUGCCACAGGUGAGCAAAGCCCUGGACUCAAAAAGAGUGACAGUCAGCUGGAAGAAAUGGGCUAUUGUGUAUUCAGUGAAUACUCAGGCCCUAUGCCGUCUCCUGCUGACGUGAUUAGCCCAACAAACACUUCUACACAAGUCUUCACUCCUGCUGAUCUUGAGGAGAAAGUUGCCGCGCAAGCCAGGAAAUUAGCAGUUCGAGACGCAUCGGUGGAAGACACGAACCAGACUGUAGGCUUGGAUAUCAGUGAAGAAAAGGAAAAGAGUGAAGCAGAAAGAAAAGAUUCAUCCGAAGAAUGUCAAAAGAAUAUCAAUGACCAGCUGAUUACAUCUGUGAGCGAACAGUUAAAAUCACCCAGCCUGCCAGGGGAGACAUUUGUGACACCCACUGUCACUGUGACUUUAGAAGAAGGAGGGAGGUCAGGUAGCGAGACAGAUCAACAAGCCAGUGGUGAAGGCUCUGCCUCUGAAAGUGAGAUUGCUGACUACGAAAGGCAAAUUCGUAAACUGGAGAUGGAGGACAGGCCUCUCAGUUUGGAAGAAGAACGAGAGUUGCAGGAGCUUCGGGAGAAGGUAAAGCUAGUACACCAGGAGGCGUACGAAGAGGUGGACGCUGAAGAUGUCUACCAGUUAACUGGGGUGGCCAAGGAUCGCAUUGCCAGGCCUGUCAAAACAUCACCCACUUCCUCAGUGGAAAGCAAUAUUGAUGAUGAUAAACUACUUUCGCCAGUGCUCUCACCAUCCAAACUUAAACAAAAAGAACUUUACGGUUCCCCCAAAAGAGCUGUGUCACCAGUGCUAGGAGUAAACAAAGAAGCUAAAGAAGAAUUAGAUAAAAAAGUGAAAGAACCUAAUGAAAAAGAAGCUGAGGAGAAGAAAGAGGUUGAGAAAGAGGAGACCGAGAAGAAAGCUAGAGAGGAGACGGAAAAGAAACUGAAUGAAAAGAAAGAAAGAGAGGAGAAGGAAAAGAGGGAAAAGGAAGAAGCAGAGAAGAUUCAAAGGGACGAAAAAGAAAAAGAAGAAAGUAGGGCUAAAGAAAAGGAAGAGAAGGAGAGGAUUGAGAAAGAAAUGAAAGAGAAGGAAAGGGAAAUGAGAGAAAAAGAAGAAGCAGAGAGAAUAGAGAAGGAAAAGAAAGAAAGAGAGGAAAAGGAAAUGAGAGAAAGAGAAGAGGCAGAAAGAAUGGAGAAGGAAAAGAAAGAAAGAGAAGAAAAGGAAAUGAGACAAAGGGAAGAGGCAGAAAUAAUGGAGAAGGAAAAGAAAGAAAGAGAAGAAAAGGAAAUGAGACAAAGGGAAGAGGCAGAAAGAAUGGAGAAGGAAAAGAAAGAAAAAGAAGAAAAGGAAAUGAGAGAAAGAGAAGAGGCAGAAAGAAUGGAGAAAGAAAGGAAAGAAAAAGAGAAGGAAAUAAGAGAAAGGGAAGAGGCAGCAAAAAUAGACAAAGAAAGGAAAGAAAAAGAGGAAAGGGAGCUGAAAAAAAAGGAAGAGGCAGAGAGAAUGGAGAAAGAAAGGAAAGAAAAGGAGGAACGAGAAAGGGAGAGGGAAGAGGCUGAGAGGAUGGAGAAAGAAAAGAAAGAAAAAGAGGAGAGGGAAAUGAGAGAAAUGGCAGAGAAAAUAGAGAAAGAAAGGAAAGAAAAAGAGGAGAGGGAAAUGAGAGAAAUGGCAGAGAAAAUAGAGAAAGAAAGGAAAGAAAAAGAGGAAAGUGAAAUGAGAGCAAGGGAACAGGCAGAGAAAAUUGAGAAAGAAAGAAAAGAAAAACAGGAGAGGGAGAUGAGCCAACAGAAAGAAACUCGUGCUGCCAUCGAAUCCGUGGUUAUGGUGGAAGACGACUUCAUCACUGUGGUCCAAACCAUUGAUGAAACCGAUGAACCAGGACACAGUGUUCGGUUCUCUGCUCCCCCUGAAGCCUUGUGCAUACCUGGUGGGGAAGAGCAAGAAGAAGAGGAGGACGAGGAAGAAGAGGGUGAUGAAGAAGAGUCUGUGGAGUUAGCCCAGGAGGCAGACAUUGAGCCUGGCAGUUUUGAGGAGGUUUGCGACAUUCCUGAGACUCCUGCAUCUCCUCAGAGAGAAGCUCCAAACAUCGAAACAGAAGAGCCAACUGAGAGUUUUGACAGAGAUGAAACCACCAUGGAUGACUCCAUCCUGGACAGCUCUUGGGUGGACACACAUGAUGAUGAUAAGAGCAUGGCUACAGAGCAUAUACAACCCUUGCCAAAGGUGCCUAGCCCUGUGAAAACGUCCACUGUGGUCCCAAAUAAGCAGACGCAGCAGAAGAGAACAGAGAAGCAUGAAAAGCCAGUCAAGCCUAAAACGAAGGGCGGGCGGGUCAAAGGCAGACUCUCCACUCCAGAACGCAAACCGCUGCAUAAGGAACCAGUUUACAUCCCUCGAGAAAAGAAAAAAGCUGUGAUAAAGAAAACCGAGUGCACCAAAAAAAUGGAAGCUCAAACUCUUUCCCCAUCCAAGAGGAUUGGACCGAAACAAGUUGUCCGGCAAACCCGCCCCACCCAACAUCAUUCCUGUCCUAGAAGGAGACCCACAGAGACAGUUUCUGACAAUCGUCAGCCUCUCACAGUUGCAAGACGGUCCUGUGACAGAGCAAUGGAUGGUCGAUCACAAAGCCCUCAUAAGAGAUCUUCAAUGCCACGGCAAGCCUCCUCUCUUACUCGCCGUGCAUACCAUGAACAUGAAGACAGUUCAACCUCCAUUACCAGCUCUGGUUCAACAGCGCCACGUAGACCCACAGCCUGCCGUGCUGUAAUGAGGGCAGAACACAGGACAGGUCGAGCUCCCAGUAUGACAGUUUCAGAGCCACUACGCUCCCGCUCAGCCCGCAGUGGUCACUCCACGCCACGUACCCCUGGCUCAAGCGCCAUGACCCCCGGGACCCCUCCCAGCUGCUCAUCAUCCUCAAGGACCCCGGGAACCCCUCGCUCCCUCAGCUUGAUGUCCCAUGAGAGGAGGGUGGCUGUGACCCGCACGCCGCCCAAAUCCCCCGCCACCACUCCUAAGCAGCUUCGAGUUAUCAACCAACCUCUACCUGACUUCAAGAAGGUCCGGUCCAAGGUCGGCUCCAUAGACAACAUCAAGUACCAGCCAAAAGGGGGACAGAAUCAAAUUUUAAACCAGAAGCUGGACUUCAGGUACAUACAAUCAAAAUGCUGCUCCAAGGAUAAUCUGAAGCAACCUCCCAGUGGAGGCAACGUUCUCAUCCCCAGUGUUAAGCUGAACUAUAGCCAUGUUCAGUCUAGGUGUGGGUCGUUGGACAGGAGGGGCUACUCAGCAGGAGGUGGCAAUGUACAUAUACAAAACAAGAAGAUUGAUCUGAGUCAUGUGACCUCGAAGUGUGGCUCUCUAGACAACAUUCAUCAUCGCCCAGGGGGUGGUAAUGUACGUAUUGAGAGUGUGAAGUUGGAUUUCAAAGACAAAGCCCAAGCCAAAGUGGGAUCAUUGGAUAAUGCUCACCACACUCCAGGAGGAGGACGUGUUACAAUUGAGAGCCACAGACUGACGUUCCGGGACCACGCCAAGGCCAGAGUGGACCACGGAGCAGACAUCAUCGUCCGGUCGCCGGGCCGUUCUCGUUCCAUGUCCCCGCACCGCCAGAGGGACAGCCACCUUUCGUCGUCCGGCAGUCUCAACAUGUUGGAGUCGCCGCAGUUAGCCACCUUAGCUGAGGACGUCACUGCCGCUCUGGCCAAGCAGGGUUUGUGA